AUGAAGUUGGGCAAAGUGGAGUUCUGCCAUUUUUUGCAGAUAAUAGCUCUUUUCCUGUGUCUUUCUGGGAUGAAUCAAGCAGAACUCUCAAGGUCCAGAUCAAAGCCCUACUUUCAAUCAGGGAGGCCGAGAACCAAGCGCAGCUGGGUGUGGAAUCAAUUCUUUGUGCUGGAGGAAUACAUGGGUACAGACCCUCUCUAUGUAGGAAAGCUUCACUCUGAUGUUGAUAAAGGCGAUGGCUCCAUCAAAUACAUCUUGUCAGGCGAAGGGGCAAGUUCCAUUUUCAUUAUUGAUGAGAACACUGGGGAUAUUCAUGCUACAAAGAGGCUGGAUCGGGAAGAGCAGGCCUACUACACGCUCCGAGCACAAGCACUAGAUAGGCUGACUAAUAAACCUGUGGAACCAGAGUCGGAGUUCGUCAUUAAGAUUCAGGACAUCAAUGACAAUGAACCAAAAUUUCUGGAUGGCCCUUACACUGCUGGGGUUCCUGAGAUGUCUCCCGUGGGAACUUCUGUGGUUCAGGUAACAGCUACUGAUGCAGAUGACCCUACUUACGGCAACAGUGCCAGAGUGGUAUACAGUAUUCUGCAAGGACAACCUUACUUUUCUGUGGAGCCAAAGACAGGUAUUAUCAAGACUGCACUUCCGAACAUGGAUAGGGAGGCCAAAGACCAGUAUUUACUUGUUAUUCAAGCAAAGGAUAUGGUUGGACAAAAUGGUGGACUAUCCGGGACCACAUCUGUAACUGUCACCCUGACCGAUGUCAAUGAUAACCCACCACGUUUUCCACGGAGGUCAUAUCAGUAUAAUGUCCCAGAGUCCUUGCCUGUGGCUUCAGUGGUGGCCAGAAUAAAAGCUGCAGAUGCUGAUGUGGGACCUAAUGCUGAAAUGGAAUAUAAGAUUGUGGAUGGUGAUGGCCUUGGAGUUUUCAAAAUUUCUGUUGACAAAGAUACACAGGAGGGAAUCAUUACUAUUCAGAAGGAGCUGGAUUUCGAAGCUAAGACAAGCUAUACACUGAGGAUAGAAGCAGCAAAUAAGCAUGUUGACUCUCGCUUUCAAAGUCUGGGACCCUUUAGCGAUAUGACAACAGUGAAAAUAAUUGUGGAGGAUGUGGAUGAGCCCCCUGUAUUUACCUCCCGUUUGUAUUCCAUGGUAGUGUCUGAAGCAGCAAAGGUUGGCACCAUAAUUGGAACAGUUGCAGCCCAUGACCCCGAUGUCUCGAACAGCCCUGUUAGGUACUCAAUCGACCGAAACACAGACCUGGAGAGAUAUUUCAAUAUUGAUGCCAACAGUGGAGUCAUUACAACUGCCAAGUCUUUGGAUAGAGAAACUAAUGCUGUUCAUAACAUCACUGUCUUGGCUAUGGAGAGUCAGAACCCAGCACAGAUUGGGAGAGGAUAUGUGGCCAUCACUAUCCUUGACAUCAAUGACAAUGCCCCUGAGUUUGCCAUGGAGUACGAGACCACUGUCUGUGAAAAUGCUCAGCCUGGCCAGGUAAUCCAGAAAAUCAGUGCUGUUGAUAAAGAUGACCCACCCAGCGGUCACCAGUUCUACUUCAGUUUGACAGCAGAAGCAGCAAAUAACCACAACUUUACUCUGCAAGACAACAAAGACAACACCGCGUCUGUGCUAACCAGGAGAAAUGGAUUCCGGAGACAGGAACAGUCUGUUUUCUACUUGCCAAUAUUCAUUGUGGACAGUGGCUCGCCUUCACUUAGUAGCACCAAUACCCUCACUAUCAGAGUGUGUGACUGUGAUGCCGACGGCAUAGCCCAAACAUGCAAUGCAGAAGCUUACAUCUUGCCUGCAGGACUUAGCACUGGCGCACUUAUAGCAAUACUUGCUUGUGUACUGACAUUAUUAGUGCUGGUCUUGCUGAUUGUCACCAUGAGACGGCGGAAAAAAGAGCCACUCAUUUUUGAUGAGGAGAGAGAUAUCAGGGAAAACAUAGUCAGAUAUGAUGAUGAAGGUGGCGGAGAAGAAGACACGGAGGCUUUUGAUAUGGCUGCCUUGAGAAACCUCAACAUCAUCCGAGACACCAAGACCAGAAGGGAUGUGACUCCCGAGAUUCAGUUCUUGAGCAGACCAACUUUUAAAAGUAUCCCAGAUAAUGUCAUUUUUAGGGAAUUUAUCUGGGAGAGACUAAAAGAGGCUGAUGUGGAUCCCUGUGCUCCGCCAUAUGAUUCCUUGCAGACAUAUGCCUUUGAGGGAAAUGGCUCAGUGGCUGAGUCACUCAGCUCUUUAGAUUCCAUCAGUUCAAACUCUGAUCAGAAUUAUGAUUACCUCAGUGACUGGGGGCCUCGUUUUAAACGACUUGCGGAUAUGUACGGAACUGGACCUGACAGCUUGUACUCAUAG